AUCCGAGUCUGAAGGGCUGCGCGGCUGGAGAGCGGGUAGCUGAUACGGUAGAGCCGGUAGAACCCGAUUCCUUUGUUUCCUCAAAAUCCAAGGUAAGAUUAUUUCUUCUAUAGAAGCGAAUACGAAUCGAAGGGAGAUGAUACGGUAGAGCGGAUUGAACCGGAACAAGGUAGAGAAAGCGAUCUGAAAAUCGGAUUUCCGUCUGAAAUUUCUGAAGUUUUGAGCUUCUGCUGCUGUUGGUUCGUUUCGGUAAAAAAAAGUUGAUUUUUCAACGGAUGAUAUGUAGUAACGAUAUUCAAUCAAAAGAUAACAGACAGAAAAGGUGGUAAAAUGCAGAAAUUGGGUGAUUUCAAGCUGCCUCAUUUCUUCAAUUAUCCUCCUUAUUUUACUUUGCAGCCAGUAAGGGAUACGCGGGAGAAGCAGGUACAACUUUGGAAGGAACUGAUACUUGAUUACUGUAGAAGUCAAAAGAUUUUUGUCAUUGGAUUGGAAGAAGAAUUUCCCCUGUUCACAAAUCCAGCGAUUGAAAGAACUCUCAGCCAUGAAGCUAGGGAGGUGUUCCUUUCAGCCCUGGUUUCAGAAGGGCGAGCUGAAUGGAUGGAUAAAGGACGCAAGAAAUGUCUUAUUCUCUGGCUUCGUAUUCAAGAUUGGGCCGAUUGUAUUUUACGUUUUGUGAAGGAGAACGGAUUGGAAGACAGCGUGAUGACUCUAGAAGAAAUUCGCUCUGGAAUCGAAUCCCGAGGAACAGAGUUAGCGGGGAUUGACCGCACUGUGCUGAUGCGGGCACUGAGAUUGCUAGAACAGAAGGGGAAAGCUGCCAUUUUCAAAGGGACCUCUGCAGAUGAUGAAGGUGUGAAAUUCUCUGCAUAAACUCCAGACAUUGCAAUGUGUUUCUCUUUAUUGAAAUCGGAAAUUGAAUGAUGGUAUCAUUUAACUCAUCCAUCCCUACAAGCUUCAUUCUAUUGAAGAAUGUGAAACUGGUCUUCUCAGUAUUUUUUAUUUUCUAUUGUUGGUGAUUAGCUUCAAA